CCGGUGGCGGCGGAAAAAACCUGCGAGACCCACUCGGUGUCGGGGGGAGGGAGAGCAGCGCCGCAGGGAGGCCGCCCCCGCCGCCCCGUGCCGUCGCGGCCCCCACCAGCCCCGCAGCCUGCCGGCCCGGACGGGGAGUCCCUGGCGGCGGAGCAUGCUCAGAGGGCGGCGGGGGCGGGCGGGCGGCCGGGCCGGGGAGGGGGCGGCGGGGAGCCGGGCGCGGGGGUGCCGCUCCGCUGCGCUGGGAACCCCGGCGGGCGCGGGGCGGGCGGAGCCGCCGGGCCGGGCGGGAGCCACCUGGAGCGGCGGGGGCGCGGAGCGGGCGCCUGGAGGAGCGGGCGCGGAGCGGGUACCCCGAGCAGGGUGAGCCCCAGGGAGAGGAGCGCGCUGAGCAGCGGAACGGGGCGGCGGAGCGGGGAGCGCAAGCGGGAGACCGCGGAGCGGGUACCCAGACCGGGCUCCCCGGGACGGAGACCCCGAGCAGGGGCACGCGCCGGGCCGCGGCGGGGGGCGCCGAGCGCGGGGCCGAGGAGCGCGGGACUGGGACCCCGAGCCCCGCGCAGGGGGCGCGCUGAGCGGCGGGGCGCGGAGCCCGCAGCCCGGUACGCGCUGAGCGGCGGAGCGGGGCCGCCGGAGCGGCGGGGCGCGGGGCGUCCGGCAGGGGUGGCGGCGGGGCGGGGGGCAGCGGCCCCAUGGGGCGGGGCGGCGCUGGCUGCUCGGCGCGUCCCGGCCGCCGCCGCCCCGCCGCCGGCGGGAGCCGCCAGCCAUGCUGCGGGGCGGCCGGAGCCCGCUGCCGGCGGCCGCGAGUCCCUCCGGCGGGGCGCGGGGGGCGGCGGGCGCCCCCGGGGCGGCGCAGGUGGCGGCGGGCAGCUUGCUGGCGCUGCUCAUCCUCUGGACGCUCUUUGGGAACGUGCUGGUGUGCGCGGCCAUCGUCCGCUACCGGCACCUGAGGAGCAAGGUCACCAACAUCUUCAUCGUCUCCCUGGCCGUUUCGGACCUGCUAGUGGCUCUGCUAGUCAUGCCCUGGAAAGCGGUGGCCGAGGUGGCCGGGUACUGGCCCUUUGGGGCCUUCUGCAAUGUCUGGGUGGCCUUCGAUAUCAUGUGCUCCACGGCCUCCAUCCUGAACCUGUGCGUGAUCAGCGUGGACAGGUACUGGGCUAUUUCCAGCCCCUUCCGCUAUGAGAGGAAGAUGACCCAGCGGCUGGCUCUGGUGAUGAUUGGUGUGGCAUGGACUUUGUCUGUGCUCAUCUCCUUCAUCCCCGUCCAGCUCAACUGGCACAGAGGUCGGGAUGUCGUUGCUGCUGGUGAUAUUGGAGAUGGCUUUGGCACUGGCUGGGCAGCGGCAGGUGCUGUCACCACCUGGGCAGACGAUAUGAGCACCACAUGGGUGGCAUUAGCAGCAAUGAGACCCUCGGAGGGGACCUCUGGCAGCAAUGAGACCCUCGCUGGACACUCGGAGAGCUGUGACUCCAGCCUCAACAGGACUUACGCUAUUUCUUCCUCCUUGAUCAGUUUUUAUAUUCCGGUGGCUAUCAUGAUAGUUACCUACACUCGAAUCUACCGCAUUGCCCAGGUGCAGAUACGUCGUAUCUCUUCACUGGAGAGGGCAGCUGAACAUGCGCAAAGCUGCCGGAGCAACCAUGUUGACUGCCACCAUCACAAGAGCCUCAAGUCCUCCAUCAGGAAAGAAACCAAGGUGUUGAAGACUCUCUCUGUCAUCAUGGGCGUCUUUGUCUGCUGCUGGUUGCCCUUCUUCAUCCUGAACUGCAUGGUUCCCUUCUGCGAGAGCCCACCCAGUGACCCCCACGCUGGCCUUCCCUGUGUCAGUGAGACCACCUUUAAUAUCUUCGUCUGGUUUGGUUGGGCCAACUCCUCUCUCAACCCUAUCAUCUAUGCCUUCAAUGCUGACUUUAGAAAGGUCUUCUCCAACCUCCUGGGUUGCGGUCAGUUUUGCUCUAGUACUCCAGUGGAGACUGUUAAUAUAAGCAAUGAGCUUAUCUCUUACAACCAGCACACCCUUUUCCAUAAGGAGAUAGUGACAGCUUAUGUUAACAUGAUCCCAAAUGUGGUUGACUGUGAGGAAAAUCGCGAGGACCCUUUCGAUAGGAUGUCCCAGAUCUCCCCUGACCACGAGAUUGCCACUGACUCGAUCUGUGAGCUGGACUGCGAGGGGGAGGUUUCACUAGGCAAAAUAACACCUUUCACUCCAAAUGGUUUACAUUAAAUUGCAUCCUGCCCUGGUCAGUUCUUCUGGGAUAAUAAACCAAAAUAUUAGCACUGAAUGGAGAAGCCUGCUUGAUUUUAUGCUAUAGUUUAGUCAGUCACUUCAUACUAAAGUCACUUCUAUGUGUAGCACUUCGCAGGAUGUAGACGCUGUCAGGAGGGAGCUGGCAGCACAAACAUUCCACACUUGCCCAGGCUGAGAGAGGGUCAGGCGGUCACGCUGAUGAGCUGUGGUGAGGUGUCGUGGUGUAAUUACGGUCAGUUUGUGUUCAUAACGUGUUUGCAAGCUGAAGGUACCAUUGUCAGUGCUAAGUAUUACAACUUCUAAAAUCAGGGACAGAUGUGGCUGGCAUAGACAUUAAAUAGAAAAAAAAAUCUGGGCUGUUCAUUUGUUCAGAUCUUGUGUUUCUUUUUCUCUGUUUUUUUGUUUUGAGGUUUUUUUGGUUGGUUGGUUUGUUUUGGUUUUUUUGAGAUAAAAAUAGUGAGGUGGUGAUUUGGAUGAUUAUUUAAAUGUGUGUUUCUGCCAAAACAGUUCAUGUGAAAUCCUUGUUCUUUUAGGCAGCAUUGUUGCCUGUGCUAUCCUUGCCAUGUUCCCAGAUGAAUAAAUAAAAG